CAGACUUUAAAUGCAUGGAAGUUUCCAGGGGGGUUGUCUGAUCCAGGAGAAGAUAUUGGAGCCACAGCAGUUCGAGAAGUCCUGGAAGAGACUGGCAUUAAAUCAGAGUUUAAGUCUCUCCUAAGCAUUAGACAGCAGCAUAAUCACCCCGGGGCCUUUGGAAAGUCAGAUAUGUACAUCAUAUGUCGUUUGAAGCCAUCGUCUUACAGCAUAAACUUCUGCCCUCAUGAGUGUCUGAGGUGUGAAUGGAUGGACCUGCAGGAGCUUGCCUACUCAAGUCAUACUACACCCAUCACCAGUAGAAUCGCUAAGCUUUUACUAUAUGGCUAUAAGGAAGGCUUUCACAAUAUUGACCUAACUGUGAGGACAUUCCCAGCCGUUUACUCAGGUUUAUUCUACAAUCUGUACCACAAGGAAUUACCAGAUUCUUAUGAAGUAAAACUUGAUGUCAAGUAA